GCGGCGCUAGUUAAUUCUUUCACACGCCAUUUUAAAACAGUUACCCAGUAAUACGCUACUUGGAAGGGAAAAAAGCUGAGCUAUUUUCUAAUAAAACUAGAAAGCUUUUCCGGUUCGUUUUCUCUUUCUUCAUAACAUCCAAUAUGUCUCGUGAUCGUUUCAGAAACCGUGGUGGUGGAUUUCCAAGACGAGGUAGUGGACCAACUCCUUAUUUUAGAGGCUCACCAAAUUAUAAUCAGACGCCCAACCAAGGUGUAGGCCAAAAUCAGAAUACAGAUUCCAACCAAAACAGAAGUGUGACUCCGGGUCAACAGAAACCCACCAACGAGCAGACUAAACAAUCCCCACAAUCUUCAGGACCGCAGCAGACUACGCCAGGGGGUACAGCUACGCCGCAGUCACAAGGACAACAGGCUCAGAAACAGCCGCCUGCUAAUCAGCAAACUGAGAAGUCGGGGACUGGAACUCAACAGCAGGCCACAAAACCCGGCGGUGGAGGAUCCACUUCAGCAGACGCGCAAAAUAAAGGGCAGACUACUCCUGCUAAAGGUGGUACAGCCUCAGGACAUACUCCACAGCAGCAGAAAGGAAAAAACACCGAGCAGGCAUCUACUAAACAGACUCCUCAGAAAGUACCCCAGCAGCCUAAAAAUGAAGUACAAACCCCGCAAGCAGCGCAGGAGACGCCAGUAGAUGAAAAUGAGGGGCUUAAAGCUGCAUUUGCCCUUCUGAAACGCCCAGGGGAAAAGACUUACACACAGCGCUGUCGUCUUUUUGUUGGAAAUCUACCUACCGACAUCACCGACGAGGAAUUCAGGCAGCUGUUUGCGAAGUAUGGAACGCCCGGUGAAGUCUUCAUUAAUAAGAGCAAAGGAUUUGGCUUUAUUAAACUGGAAACCAGAGCCCUUGCAGAUAUUGCAAAGGGAGAACUGGAUGAUAUGCCAAUGAGGGGUCGUCAACUGAGGGUUCGUUUUGCAACGCAUUCUGCAGCACUUUCUGUGAAGAAUUUGUCACCUUUUGUUUCCAAUGAACUGCUUGAAGAAGCCUUUUCAACAUUUGGGCAAGUUGAAAGAGCUGUUGUGAUUGUAGAUGAUCGUGGCAGGUCCACAGGCAAAGGAAUUGUUGAGUUUUCAACUAAACCAGCUGCAAAGAAAGCAUUUGAUCGAUGUAAUGAUGGGGUAUUUCUUCUCACAACGACCCCAAUGCCAGUUAUUGUGGAACCAUUGGAUCAGUUUGACAAUGAAGAUGGACUUCCAGAGAAACUUGCUCAGAAAAAUCCAAUGUAUAUUCAGGAGCGGGAACAGCCUGCACGGUUUGCUCAGCCUGGCACUUUUGAAUUUGAAUAUGCUCAGCGUUGGAAAGCCCUGGACGAUAUGGAGAAGCAGCAGAGAGAUCAAGUUGAAAAAAAUAUGAAAGAUGCUAAGGAAAAACUUGAAGCAGAGAUGGAGGAUGCAUAUCAUGAACAUCAAGCAAACCUUAUUCGACAAGAUCUCAUGAGACGUCAAGAAGAACUGCGGCGUAUGGAAGAGAUGCACAACCAAGAGAUGCAGAAACGCAAAGAAAUGCAGUUGAGACAGGAGGAAGAGAGGCGAAGAAGAGAGGAAGAAAUGAUUAUGCGCCAACGUGAGGUGGAAGAACAGAUGAGACGCCAGAGAGAGGAUACUUACAGUAGAAUGGGAUACAGCAUGGAUCCAAGGGAGAGAGAUAUGCGUUUGGGUGGAACCCAGAUGGCUGUUGCAGAUCCUUAUGGCUUAAAUGUUUCAGAUCCUUACGGCACUUCAACUCAGAAGUAUUCUGCUACAGGUGCAGCAAGCUAUGAUGCAACACUGACUGCAGGAACAGCUACUGGUACAGCUUCAGCAGUGUCAGGGAUGACUACAGAAAUGCACGCUGAGCGUUACAGCCAGGCAGCAGCAGCCGCAGCAGGGUCUGUGCCUGUAGCUGGUUCCAGAGGAAUGGGAUCUGGUGCUGGGUUUGGUAGAGGGCGUGAAGAAUAUGAUGGUCCUAAUAAAAAGGCUAGAUACUAAGUGCCCUAAAGCGACCCCUGUAGGCAUCCAUUCCAUUGUUCAGAACCCUUUUUAUUCUUGCAUUUUAGUGAGACAAUAUUUUAUGAUUGUUAGUUGUAAUACCUUUGUAAAUGACUUGAGAAACGUUUAAUUGUGUUGCACUGUUCUGGAAGAAUGGUUGUGUGACUGUAAGUAUAAUUUCCUUAACUUCCUGCAGUGUCCUUUGUGCCAUCAAUUCCAAAAAAAUGUAUGGUCUUUUUUUUACUGUAAUUAAAAUAAAUGCCACAGUACAAGGUACUGAUGAGUAUCUUAA